AUGGAUUGCGGUGUUUCUUUCAGUCAAUCACCAAACUCAUCUAUGAAUAAAGAAAGAGAUAAGGUUUCCAUGCCAUCUUCUUCCAAGGAAAGUCCUGCCAAAGGAGAUAAUCCUACUGAUAGCAGGUUUGAUUCCAAUCAGUCUUCCACGGUGCCACCUGUGGUAAAUAUGAAAGACUUCAGUGUUUCAGUCGAUGAAACACUAAAUUCAGCUGUGAGCAACGAAACAAAUAGUGUUUCUAUUCCAUCUUCUUCCGAGGAAAGUCCUGUCAUUGCAGGUAAUCCAAUUGCCAAAAUCAGUUUGGAUUCUGAUCAGACUCCCAUAGUGCUGCCCGUGAAAAGUUCCCAAGACUUUGGUGUUUCAGUCAAUGAAACAUCGAAUUCAGCUACGAGUGAUGAAAGAGACGAGGUUUCUUUCCUAUCUUUUUCUCAGGAAAGUCCAGCCGAUGCAGAUAAGCCUGUCAAGAGCAGCUUGGAUUCUGAUCAGUCUUCCAUGGAGCUGCUAGUGACAGAUUCCCAAGACAACAGUGUUUCAAUCAAUGAAACACUGAAUUCAGUUUCGAGUCAUGAAAUGGAAAAGGUUUCUAUGCCAUUUCCUUCUAAGGGAAGUCCGGUCAAUUCAGAUAAUCCUAUCGACGAAAACAGUUUGGAAUCUGAACAGUCUUCGUUAGCACCACCUUCAACAAAUUCCCAGGACAUCAGUGUUUCAGUCAAUGAAACGCUGAAUUCACCCUCGAGAAAUGGAACAGGCAAAGUAUCCAUGCCAUCUUCUUGUACGGAAAGUAUUGUCAUUGCAGAUCAUCAAAUUGUUGAAAACAGCUUGGAUUCUGAUCAGUCUUCCAUAGUGCUUCACGAGACAAAUUCCCAACACAUUGAUGCUUCAUUCAGUGAAACACUGAACUCAGUUUCAAGUAAUAAAAUGGACAAGGCUUCCAUGCCAUCUUCUUCUAAGAUAAUUCCUGUCGGUACAGAUAAUCCUAUGGACGAAAACAGUUUGGAUUCUGCUCGGUCUUCGUUAGCCCCACCUUCAACAAAUUCCCAAGACAUCAGUGUUUCAGUCAAUGAAACACUGAAUUCAUCCGCGAGGCAAUCUUCUUCUGAGGAAAUUCUGGUCAUUGCAGAUGAUCAAUUGGUUGAAAACAGCUUGGAUUCUGUUCAGUCUUCCAUAGUGCUUCCUGAGACAAAUUACCAUGACAUUGAUGUUUCAGUCAGUGAAACACUGAACUCAUCAAGUAAUGAAACAGACAAGGUUUAUAAUCCAUCUUAUUCCAAGGAAAGUCUUUCCGUUGCAGAUAAUCCAGAUGCCAAAAACAGUUUGGAUUCUGAUCAGUCUUCCACAGCAUCAGCAAUGACAAAAUCCCAAGACAUCGUUAGCAAAGAUAACUUUUAUGAUUGCCAAGACUGGAUAGGAUCAGAAUCUGAUGAUGAUUUCUUCAGUGCCAAAGGCGAUUAUAGCGGUGCUUGGAGCCGUCAAAGCAGCAUCAAGGGAGAAACUCCAACAGAGGGAAGGGAGAAACUUGUUGAGCCCUUCCAUGAUGGCUUCUCGAGUAAAAGUUAUCAAGUUGAUGACCAUAAAAGCAUGCCGCCUACCACCCAGGGGAUAAAACUAGGUAACUCCGAACAAGAACCUUCUCCUGUUGAUGAAAACAAGAAACUUGCUGAGCUGUUACGAGAACCCUUUUGGAGUGGCCACGCCAAUGAUCACGAUAGCAUUGCACCCAUCUCCAAUGAGACAAAACUUGUCGAGCUCUUACAGGAUAGCCAAUGGAGUCAAGAAAUUGCAUCCACUCGUGUUGCAGCCUGCCAUUUAUCUCCGACGGAUGGAAAUUCAACAAAUACAGGCAGAGCAAACUGCUGCUUUCCAAGUUGGAGCCCAAGCCGUGGCUCCAAGGAGAGGAAAAAGCAAACCCCUCCUAGAAGUCAAGGAUAG